CACUACUCUUAAUAAUAAACUUAUUAAAGAUGGCCGCGCCCUGUAAGCGACGCGGAGAUGCUCUUGAAGAUGAAAAAAUCUCUCACAAAAAGCGAGCCACUGAUGAUGCUUCGGACAGGAAACUUGAUAAAUUUUUGGAAUGGUGCAAUAGAAAUGAUUUUAAGCUGUCGCACAAGGUGAGAGUCGGCCCAGAGGGGUCGUGUGCCCAGUAUGGGAUGGUGGCUGUGGAAGACAUUGCCGAAGGAUACUGUUUGUUUCAGGUGCCAAGGUCGUGUCUUCUCAUGCCUGAAAAUUCUGGCAUUGCAGACACUUUGCUCAAAGAAUCGGACCAGUUGUCGGAGACCAAUCAGUGGAUCCCACUUCUGAUCUCCCUUCUGCACGAGCAGUCCAAUCCUUCCUCCGCCUGGCGACCGUACUUGGACCUGGUCCCAGAUUAUGACGCGCUCGAUCUGCCCAUGUUUUGGGAGAGCUCGGACGUUGACAGAUACCUGGGAGGGACCGGGGUGGACCUUGCUGUCCGCCGAGACCUGAAGAUGGUGCGGGACGAUUUUGACCGGCUCGUUGAACCGUUCUUCAAAGCCCACGAUACCUUAAGAAACGACAAAGUGAGUUUUGAGUUUUUCAAGAAAAUGGUGGCCUUUGUCAUGGCGUACAGCUUCACAGAGCCGGCUCACAAAGAUAAAGAUUCUGUCGACAACGGUGGGCAAAGUAAAGACGGCGAAGAGGAUGAAGAAGAAGAAGACAGUGAGGAGGAGGAGCCAAGAGUUAUGCCCCCUAUGAUGGUUCCCAUGGCCGACAUGCUCAAUCACGUCACUGACAACAACGCCAAGCUCACGUUUGGCAAGGAAGCUCUCAAGAUGGUCACCACUCGGCCUGUCAAACAGGGUGAGGAAAUCUUCAACACGUACGGCCAAGUCUCCAACCUCCACCUCAUGCACAUGUACGGCUUCGCUGAGUCGUACCCACACAACAGCAAUGACGUCGUGGAGAUCCCGUCGACGUGUAUGUGGGAGGCUGUCACACAGCUGGGCCAGGGCGGCGAGGCCGAGAAGUUCUGCCAGGAAAAGUGGAAGUUCCUUGAAGAACAGGAAGUUGUUUCUGACACGGAGAUAUUUGUGCUGGGUCAGGACGGAAUCAUCACGGACGACAUUUGUGUUCAAGCUUUGAAGGUCCUGUGUAUGAACCGCACAGAUCCACCUGGCCAAGUACCCCACAAGUCUGUCCGAGGACACGGACAAACUGACCUCUGAACUGCCCCCCAGACAACGCUACUCUCUCCGCACUUCCCACGGACAGAAACAGUUACUGAACAAGCUCAUAGAUGUGUGUGAAGGAAAGUCCUGAGUGGUGUGGAAAAUAAAAGUGUUAAUGAACUUGAUAAUUUUA